AUGUCGUCCGGGAUGCCGAGCUUGGAUGCUCAGUACUGGUUGCACGACACGUAUCUGAGAGUAUACCCGUUGCUUGUGAACUCGGUCAUAUCGUCCGCGCUAUUCGGGACUACGACGGCCCUGGAAGUCGCCACCGCUUACGCCAUUCUACGCAAGGGAUUAGACGGCCGGAUGCCCAAGGUGCUUUUCGCCUCGUCAGUCGUGCUCUACGUCUCGACAAGCCUCUUCUUCGCAUUCUCGACGGCGCUGCUGUUCGUCGGGACUCGUUACAGCUUCGCGUAUGCGAGCUUCGAGUAUUCCUGCAACGUUCACUGUGACCCGAGCGACUACCCGAACGCUCUGAAGAACACGGAAGACGCACUCCAUCUGGGGAUCACGAUCACGUUCAUGAUCAACAUGCUUGUCGGCGACCUCAUCGUCUGGUGGCGAGCGCUGCUCGUAUGGAGGUACAACAAGAUCAUCCUCGCCUUCGGGGCGGUUGUCCUACUCGUCUGUGUCGUCUUUGGUCUCAUCGCGACGCACACCACUCCGAACUCGGCGAUGUACCAAAUCGGCAACUACCAAAGCACGACGUUCUUCUUCGGUGACAAGGCCGGGUUCGCUUGCAUCAUUCUUUCGCUCGUUUCGAACGUCCUCGCCACCGCGCUCAUCUCGUACAAGACCUGGCAGCAUUGGAAAUUUGUCCAGAGCUACCUCGCCCGGGCGUACUUCAACAGCCACGCGCUCGGGAGCCUCAUGCUCGUCAUCGAGUCCGGGGUCAUGUACUGCACCAUCUGGAUAUUCGUGACCUUCGCGUACGGCGUGAUGAACUCCCCGGCGUUCUCCAGCACGACGUCGUCCUUCGGCAUGUCCGUCAUCUUCCGCGUGGUGCCCUACGUCCCCUCCUUCCUGAUACCCAUCAUCGCGAUGUACCCGAUGGCGAUCAUCAUCGUCAUCGCCUUCCGGCGCUCGCCUCUGGACGAGGUCGCGAUCCAGACCUUCGGCAGCCAUGGGGGGUCAGCGGUGCUCAGAGCGCACAGCCGACAGAGCACCGCCGUCGGGGACUCGAUACCGCUGGGGGAGACCGGGCAGAAGGUGCUCGUGAUACGCCAGGAGCGGCACGCGGCGUCGUCGAGCAGCUGCGUCGGGGAGUACGAGAGGCACGCUGUGUAG